CUGGGUUCAGAGUCUAUGCCCUACCCACACUGGGCACUAGGGGCUUCUGGAGGCCUCACACAACAUGUGUCUCUUGUUUUGAGCUGCUGAGGGCUUUAAGCCCCAGCUCCCAGCGGCAGCUCCUGUGGUCACAGGGAAAGGCGACUCCCACCAGAUUCGGAAGCCUGCAUGCUGUGUGCAACCUAAAAGGAACAGAACCUCUCCCACCUUCAGGGGCCUAUGGCAGCCAUCCUGACACCAGAAGGCCUGGGCAGCAGUGAACAAGAGCGCAGGAGCUGUGCGGUGUGCGGGGACCGAGCCACAGGCUAUAAUUUCCAUGCCCUGACUUGUGAGGCCUGCAAGGGUUUCUUCAGAAGAGCAGUUAACAAAAGCACUGAGCCCACAUGCCCCUUCACCGGAAGCUGUGAAGUCAGCAGGGCGCAGAGGCGCCACUGCCCAGCCUGUAGGUUGCAGAAGUGUCUGGACGCUGGCAUGAGGAAAGACAUGGUGCUGUCACCAGAAGCCCUCGUAUUGCGGCGAGCCAAGCAGGCAUGGCGGCGGGCACAACACUCACCGAUGAAGCUGAGGAAGGAGCAGAAAGAGCUGGUCCAGAUCCUCCUGGAGGCCCACACACGCUAUGUAGCCACCAUGUUCGACCAGUUUGUGCAGUUCAAGCCUCCAGCUUACCUCUUUGGUCAUCGCCAGCCUCUUCCCAUCCUGGACCCUGUGCUUCCUCUGCUCACACACUUUGCAGAUAUUAUAACCUUUAUGCUACUGCAGAUUAUCAAGUUCACCAAGGCUCUGCCCCUUUUCCGGUCCCUGGCCAUGGAGGACCAGCUCUCCCUGCUGAAGGGAGCAGCGGUGGAAAUGUUUCAAAUUGCGCUCAAUACCACUUUCUGUCUCCAGACCCAGAGCUUCCUGUGUGGGCCUCUUUGCUAUACAGUAGAAGACAUAAUCCAUGCAGGGUUCCAGAAAGACUUUGUAGAGUUGAUCUUGCAUUUCCAUGGGACACUGAGACGGCUGCAGCUCCAAGAGGCUGAGUAUGUGCUCAUGGCUGCCAUGGCCCUCUUCUCUCCUGACCGGCCUGGAGUUACUCAGAGGGUAGAGGUUGAGCAGCUGCAAGAGAAGGUGGCACUGACUCUGGACAGCUACAUCAAGGAGCAGCAGCCAAGGCCUCAGAAACGAUUUCUUUAUGCAAAGCUGCUAGGCCUGUUGGCUGAGCUUCGGAGCAUUAACAACGAAUACUGGUACCAAAUCCAGCGCAUCCAGGGGCUGCCUGCCAUGAUCCCACUGCUCCAGGAGAUCUGCAGCUGAGGUGGGGCUCACCGCCUUCCUCUCCCCCGUGGACUGGAGCAGGGAAAUUGCUAGGAUGAGCUUUUGAGAGGGGCAAGAGAAAGGGGCCCGGUGAUCUCAAUAAACAACUAAAGCAACAA